CUGAGUGUGCGCCCAGGCUCGGUGGACGCUGCUCGCCGCCGCGGUGCGGGCGAUGGACAGCCGCUGCACCAGCGCGGCGGGCCUCCUGGGCGACCUGAGCCCGCUGAGCGCCGCCAUCCCGGCCACGCGCGUGGAGGUGUCGGUGGCCUGCAGAAAUCUUCUCGAUAGAGAUACAUUUUCUAAAUCAGAUCCAAUUUGUGUCUUAUACGUGCAAGGAGUUGGAAAUAAGGAAUGGAGAGAGUUUGGAAGAACUGAAGUGAUUGAUAAUACUUUAAAUCCUGACUUUGUAAGAAAAUUUAUCCUGGACUACUUUUUUGAAGAAAGAGAGAACCUUCGCUUUGACUUAUAUGAUGUUGAUUCAAAGAGUCCUAACUUGUCCAAACAUGACUUCCUGGGACAAGUGUUUUGUACCUUGGGGGAGAUUGUUGGGUCACAGGGAAGCCGCUUGGAAAAGCCAAUUGUAGGAAUUCCAGGGAGGAAGUGUGGUACAAUCAUCCUUACAGCCGAGGAAUUAAAUUGCUGCAGGGAUGCUGUUUUGAUGCAAUUCUGUGCAAACAAAUUGGACAAGAAGGAUUUCUUUGGAAAAUCUGAUCCUUUUCUCGUAUUUUAUCGAAGUAAUGAGGAUGGAAGCUUUACAAUUUGUCAUAAAACAGAAGUUGUCAAAAACACUCUAAAUCCUGUAUGGCAAGCAUUCAAGAUCUCAGUCAGAGCAUUGUGUAAUGGGGAUUAUGACAGAACAAUCAAAAUAGAAGUGUAUGACUGGGACCGAGAUGGGAGUCAUGAUUUCAUUGGGGAGUUUACAACAAGCUAUAGGGAACUUUCUAGAGGCCAGUCACAAUUCAAUGUAUAUGAGGUGGUGAAUCCCAAAAAGAAAGGAAAAAAGAAAAAAUAUAUUAAUUCUGGAACAGUAACUUUACUCUCAUUUUUGGUAGAAACAGAAGUUUCAUUCCUUGACUACAUCAAGGGAGGAACACAAAUCAACUUUACUGUGGCUAUUGAUUUUACAGCAUCUAAUGGCAACCCUGCCCAGCCCACUUCUCUUCAUUACAUGAACCCGUAUCAACUGAAUGCCUACGGGAUGGCCCUGAAGGCCGUGGGAGAAAUCGUUCAAGAUUAUGACAGUGAUAAAAUGUUUCCAGCCCUGGGAUUUGGGGCAAAGCUGCCUCCAGAUGGAAGGAUAUCACACGAAUUUGCCUUGAAUGGCAACCCUCAAAAUCCUUACUGCGAUGGCAUCGAAGGCGUCAUGGAGGCUUACUACAGAAGUCUGAAAUCUGUACAGCUGUAUGGCCCAACCAACUUCGCUCCUGUCAUCAACCAUGUAGCAAGAUACGCUUCUUCUGUGAAGGAUGGGUCCCAGUACUUUGUCCUCUUGAUCGUGACAGAUGGUGUCAUCUCUGAUAUGGCUCAAACAAAAGAAUCCAUAGUGAAUGCCUCAAAACUUCCAAUGUCAAUAAUUAUAGUAGGUGUUGGACCAGCAGAAUUCGAUGCAAUGGUCGAAUUGGAUGGGGAUGAUGUAAGAGUUUCCUCGAGAGGAAAGUAUGCUGAAAGGGACAUUGUGCAGUUCGUGCCAUUUCGAGAUUAUAUCGACCGAAGUGGAAACCAUAUCCUGAGCAUGGCCAGGCUGGCUAAGGAUGUCCUGGCUGAGAUCCCGGAGCAGUUCCUGUCCUACAUGCGGGCCCGGGGAAUCAAACCCUCGCCGGCACCUCCGCCGUACACCCCUCCAACACACCUGCUGCAGACACAGAUCUGAACAAGCAAGCACCCCAUCGCUGUGGUUACCACGCGCCUGUUGCUAUGGUUACAGCCCCAUCCGUCAGAGCAGUGGUCCAUGCCCCAUGCCGUGCGCCUGGUGCUCCCUCCUGAACUGGAGAGCCAGGAGACUCCUCAGUUUGGUUUCAGAAGUAAUAGUUCCUGUGCUUCCUUGGAUCCAAAAUUACAUUCUCUUCCUAAACCAAAACUGUAAAUAUGGUUGUUGCAUGAGCAACAGGGGAAACACAAUGGCUGAAAGUCUUGAAGGCAGAUGUCUUCUUUGAAUCUUUUUUUUUUUUUUCAUAGAACAGCUAAUUUCCAAUGUAUUCGUUGGGAAAAAGCACAAGCUAUGUUUUUGAUGGGAAUAUUGUCCUUGGCUGCUAUAUGUGUAGGAGCAGUCUCUCUGUAUCAAUGUUUACAUGUUACUAACUUUUUAACUUUCAAUGCUUUUAUAAUUGUUCUUAAGAAGAAAAGUUUUGAAUAUUAAACCUUUUUUCCUCUGCACUGCAAUAGUGAUAAUCACAUUAAGAGCAAUAUCUCUUUGAAUGAUUGUCUGGACAAGUAGAAUUUCAAAUAAGAGGAAAAAGUAAAAUGCUUUUCAUAUGUCCUACUGAGAGAAUUUUCUCAAGGAGCCACAUCUGCUUAGGGAUUUGUUUCUUGGUAAAGUUUACCAGGUAUAGGAAUUUUAAGCUUAGCAGAUAUGUAUGCUGUGAGAGAAAGCAUUUUCACUUCAUAAAGUUUGGGUUCUAAAUAUAGACUGCGGCUGGUUUAUAUUUUACUACAUGACAUAGAAGUACUCAAACAC